AUGGCGCCUGGCUCUGGGCGAGAAGGGUCCGAGGGGGGUCUGAGGAAUUACUCUUUGACCUCUGGAGCUUGGUCACAGGAAGUUAAGGACAUGCCGGCCUCACGUGAAGACCCUCAGAAGACUGGCUUUUCGCGAGUGAAGAGCUACGGACCUCCAAUCAAAAAGAGCCGAGAGACCCUCACUAGCAAAGCGUCACCCCAGAGCCCCCUUCCUUCUCCCAGCUUUGGGCCCAAAGGGAAGAAGAACUGGGUCCUGGACCCCUCCGGAGACGGCUAUUACCAGUGGCUCCUUGUGAUGAUGGUCCCCAUCGCCUACAACUGGAUCUUCCUAAUCUGCAGGUCCUGCUUCUCCGAUCUGCAGAAGAACUACCUCUUCCUGUGGCUGACCUUGGACUACCUCAGUGACCUGCUCUACCUGGUGGACAUCGGGGUGCACUUCCGCACCGGCUUCCUGGAGGAAGGGCUGCUGGUGGCGGACCCCGGGGCCAUUGCCUGGCGCUACGUGGCCUCCAGGGCCUUUUGGCGGGACGUGGCCUCACUGCUCCCGACGGACCUGCUGUACCUGUGGCUGGGCCUGGGCUGCCCGCUGGGGGUCCGUGCCAACCGCUUGCUGCGCAGCCCCCGACUGCUGGAGGCCCUGGACCGGGCGGAGACCCGCACGGCACGUCCCCACGCCUUCCGCCUGGCCAAGCUGGUCUCCUGCAUCUUAGCCGGCAUCCACUGGCACGGCUGCCUCUACUUCGCCCUCUCGGGACACAUCGGCUUCGGGGUGGACAACUGGGUCUACCCCAACACCAGCGACCCCGACUUUGGCCGGCUGCUGCGCCAGUACCUCCACUCCUUCUACUUCUCGACGCUGGUGCUGACCACGGUGGGGGACACGCCGGAGCCGAGCCGCGAGGAGGAGUUCCUUUUCAUGGCCGGAGGGUUCCUGCUGGCCGUGCUGGCCUUUGCCACCAUCAUGGGCAGCGUGGCCUCUGUGGUGGUGGACAUGGGCCGGGCCGAGGCCGCCUUCCUCCCGGAGCACGACCCGGUCAAGGCCUACCUGCGCGAGCGGCAGGUGGAGCCCCAGCUGCGCCGGCGUGUGGAAAACUGGCUGCAGCACCUGCGCAUGAACUGCAAGAUGAUCCGGGAGGACCAGGCCCUGCGGCACCUCUCCCCGAACCUGCGGGCUCAAGUGGCGGCCGCCGUCCACGUCCCCGCCCUGCGCAAGGUCCAGAUCUUCCGGCACUGCGAGCGCAGCUUCCUGGAGGAGCUGGUCCUGCGCCUGCAGCCACAGGUCUACGUGCCCGGGGAGUACGUCUGCCGCAAGGGGGAGGUGGGCCGCGAGAUGUUCUUCGUGCGCGAGGGGCAGCUGGCCGUGGUGGCCGAAGACGGGGUCACGCGCUACGCCCUCCUCGGGGAGGGGCACUACUUCGGGGAGAUCAGCAUCCUCAGCAUCAAGGGCAACCUUUCGGGCAACCGGCGGACGGCCAACAUCCGCAGCCUGGGCUACUCGGACCUCUUCCGCCUCUCCAAGGGCGACCUGGCCGAGGUGCUGGCCGAGUUCCCCAGCGCCAAGGAGGCCCUGGAGGCCAAGGGCCGGGAGAUCCUGCUCCAGAUGGGCCAGCUGGACACCCAGGUGGAGGCCCGGGAGGAGGCCCAGCGGCGCGAGGAGCAGCGCCGGACACAGGCCCUGCAGCUCCGCCUGGACGCCCUCCAGACACGCCUGGCCCGCAUGCUGGCCGGCCUGGAGUCCGGAGCCCUCAAGCUGACCCUGCGCCUGGAGCGGCUGGAGGGGGGGCGGGGAGGGGAGGGGCCCCCAGAGAGGCCCUGAGACCCCCUCCCCAUGGAGACAGGGGUCAGUCCCCUCCGCCCAGGCCAAAGGCCACCAUCUCCUUGGACUCACCCUCCCUUCCUUUGCAUUGGUCCACAUUGAGGGCUGGUCUAAGUGACCUUCAGUAGACUUGCAGUGGCUCCAAACCCUCUCCCAAGGCUCACCUUCAACAACUCCAGGGAUGUAUCAGCAAUGGUCAGUCAUGGUCAGCUAACCCUUGACCCUGUAGUCGUGGACCCAAACCUUCUCCCAAGACUCGCCUUCAGCAACUCCAGGGAUGGGUCAGCCAUGGUCAGCUGAUUCUUGACCCUUCAGACGUGGAUCCGAACCCUCUCCCAAGUCUCACUUUCAGCAACUCCAGGAACAUAUCAGCAAUGGUCAGUAAUGGUCAGCUAACCCGUGACCCUGAAGUCGUGGACCUAAACCCUCUCCCAAGACUCACCUUCAGCAACUCCAGGGAUGGAUCAGCAAUGGUCAGUAAUGGUCAGCUGACCUUUGACCCUACAGUCAUGGGCCCAAACCUUCUCCCAAGACUCCCCCACAGCAACUCCAGGAAUGUGUCAGCAUUGGUUAGUAAGGGUCAGCUAACCCUUGACCUACAGUCAGCAAGUCCAAACCCCCUCCCAAGGAUCACUCUCAGCUCCUUCAGUAAUGGUCAGCUGAUCCUUGACCUUUCUCUACAGUCAUGGGUCCAAACUCACUCCCAAGACUCACCUUCGGCAACUCCAGGGAUGGGUCAGCAAUGGUCAAUAAUGCUCAGCUAACCCUUGACCCUACAGUCACAGGUCCAAAUGCCCUCCCAUGACUCACUUUCAGCAACUCCAGGGAUGGGUCAGUAAUGGUCAGUAAUGGUCAGUUGACCCUUGACCCUGCAUUCAUGAGUCCAAACCCUCUCCCAAGACUCACCUUCAGCAACUCCAGGGAUGGGUCAAUAAUGCUCAGCUAACCCUUGACCUUACAGUCACAGGUCCAAAUGCCCUCCCAUGACUCACUUUCAGCAACUCCAGGGAUGGGUCAGUAAUGGUCAGCUGACCCUGCAAUUGUGGGUCCAAACUGGUCAGCUAACUUUAAGGCCAAGGUCCAAACCUUCUUCCAAGACUUACCUUCAGCAACUCUAGUGAUAUGUCAGCAAUGGUCAGUAAUGGUCAGCUGACCCUUGACCCUGCAUUCAUGGGUCCAAACCCUCUCCCAAGACUCACCUUCAGCAACUCCAGGGAUGGGUCAGUAAUGGUCAGCUAACCCUUGACUCAAGGUCCAAACCCUCUUCUAAGACAACUUCAGCAACUCUAGUGAUAUGUCAGCACUGGUCAGUAAUGGUCAGUUGACCCGUGACCCUGCAGUUACCAUUCCAAACUCUCUCCCAGAAACUCCAAGGAUGUGUCAGCAAUGGUCAGCUUGGACGGACAUUGGCCGGAGUGGCUGAGCAGCGGGUGGAGGGAGUCUUGGUCCAUCGUCCCUGCAGCCGCAUUCUCUGGAGUGGCACCAAACCCUUUGGCCAGAGAGGACCUGUCCAGUCGCAUCAGAUGGGAUGUCAGCCUGGAACGCACCGGGGGGUCCUGACCCGCUGGACCUGUCACUGACCGCAACAGGGAUUUGGGAUCAUAUUCAGCCUGUGCCUCUUGUUGAUGCAGAAGAGAGUAUUUUGCCUCUCUAUCA